CGCCGAGCAUCAGACGUGCUGUCGUAGGCGUUGACUCGACGACUCCUCCAACACCGCGUCUCGUGAUCCCGAGCCCUUGCGAGCCCUCCGAUUGUCUUCAGGAAAGGGAACGGACCGAACGGCACCAUGGCUCUCAGCGACGCGGACGUGCAGAAGCAGAUCAAGCAUAUGAUGGCCUUCAUAGAACAAGAGGCCAAUGAAAAGGCCGAGGAGAUAGAUGCCAAGGCGGAAGAAGAAUUUAAUAUUGAGAAGGGACGUCUGGUGCAGCAACAGCGUCUCAAGAUCAUGGAGUAUUAUGAGAAAAAGGAAAAGCAAGUUGAACUGCAAAAGAAGAUACAAUCCUCAAACAUGCUCAACCAAGCACGAUUGAAGGCUCUAAAAGUACGUGAAGAUCACGUACGCAACGUUCUUGACGACGCUAGAAAGAGAUUAGGCGAAGUAACUCAGAACUCCACGCGAUAUAGAGAAAUUCUUCAGCUGUUGAUCAUCCAAGGGCUUUAUCAACUAACAGAGGCAAACAUUACUCUUCGUGUUCGUCAAGUCGACGUACCUCUCGUAGAAUCCCUCAUUGACGGUAUUCAGCAACAAUAUAAGCAGAAAACUAAGAAGGAUAUUAUCUUGAAGAUCGAUACCGAUAAUUUCUUACCUCCCGAAAGCUGCGGAGGUGUGGAAUUAUUAGCAGCCAGAGGGCGCAUAAAGAUUAGCAAUACUUUGGAGACCAGAUUAGAGCUGAUAGCGCAACAAUUGGUACCAGAGAUCCGUUCCGCACUGUUCGGACGCAAUACAAAUCGUAAAUUUAACGAUUAAGCUAAUUUCCUCGACAAUUGAUUGACUCUCCAAAACAUUCCUUUUAACAGCAAAUUACUACCGCAUUAUCAUGUAUUAUAUAGAAUAAAAUUAGCAUACGACACGCCUUUUGUCGAGCCUAAUAUUUUCAAUGAAAGUAUCUGAUGAAUUGCCGUGCAAUAUUUAUCGUUGAAAGAGUCGCAAGCAAAUAUGUACAUUAUUCUUCACGAAUGUCGUUUUAUUCUGUUGUCUUUUGUUCUAUCCUCUAUCCUUCUGACAGGUGAUAAAAUCAUGAACAUAAAGUGUAUAGUGAUCAAAUAACUUCAUAUACUAUUAUACUAAUAUAUUUGAUGUCAACUUAAAAUUGCCGUUAAAAUUGGUGUUCAUAAACGAGACAAAGUGUACUUUCUCAGGUUAGGAAUGUUAACGCGGAUGAAAUGUAUAAUUAAUAAUUAUUGUUCUUGACUGCUUAUGUUGAAAAGAAUAGCCAUUGCAAUUGAAUGUAGUACAGUCAAUAUAUUGUGCAGAAUCGUAAUAAACAGAAAUAUUGAAGUGGGCUUUAUAUGUAUAUAAUACAUUUAUAUACCUAUAGAGCAUAUCAGUAUGUUAUGUACAUUAUGUAUAAUAUAAUUAUGUAUUACAAUAUAUAUAAAUAUAUGAUUCGUUGUUGUAAAAAUACCUUUUUGAGAAAUUAAGUUCUAAUACCAUAAUAUAUAACGUUGUAUCGAUAAAUGUAUUUUAAGGCACGCAACACGUAUUGCUUGAUUUAAACACGUUCUUGUAAGACUAAUAUAUAACUAUCAGUAACAAAUACCACAUUCCUUAUUAUACAUAGAAACGAAGUUGCAGCAUGAAUAAAAUGUUUUAAACUCUGUUUAAA